AUGGCCCGGGCCCGCGGCCAGGCCCCGGGGAGCGGCGCGCGGCGGCGGCCGCGGCGGGGCGGCGCGGGAGCCGGGCCCCGGGGGGAGUCGGCCGGGCUGCUGCUGCUGCUGCUCCAGGUGCUGCCGCCCGGGGCUGCCGCAGGGCCGGGGCGCCGGGGCACGCGGGGCGCCGGCGGCGGCGUCUGCUGGCCCGGCGCUGCCCCUGUCUUUCCCCGGGACGCGCGGCUGCUGCUGCUCCUGCCGCCGCCGCCGCCGCUGCCGCCGCUGUCGCCGCCGCCGCCGCCGCCGCCGCGCUCCGCGCCCGCAGCCUCCGCCUCCCGGAUGGAUGCUCUGGCCCGCGGCGGGCUGAGCCUGAAGGAGGAGCCGCUGCUGCCCGCCAGCCUGGGCUCGGUGCGCUCCUGGAUGCAGGGUGCGGGCAUCUUGGACGCCAGCACCGCGGCGCAGAGUGGCGUGGGCCUGGCACGAGCCCAUUUUGAGAAGCAGCCUCCCUCCAACCUCAGGAAAUCCAACUUCUUCCACUUCGUGCUGGCCAUGUACGACCGGCAGGGGCAGCCCGUGGAGGUGGAGCGCACAGCCUUCGUCGACUUUGUGGAAAAGGAGCGAGAGCCGGGAGCCGAAAAGACCAAUAAUGGGAUCCAUUAUCGCCUCCGACUGGUGUACAACAACGGACUUCGGACAGAGCAGGACCUCUACGUGCGUCUCAUCGACUCCAUGUCCAAGCAGGCCAUCAUCUAUGAGGGGCAGGACAAGAACCCCGAAAUGUGCCGGGUGCUGCUCACCCACGAGAUCAUGUGCAGCCGGUGCUGUGACCGGAAGAGCUGUGGCAACCGGAACGAGACCCCCUCGGACCCCGUCAUCAUUGACAGGUUCUUCCUGAAGUUCUUCCUCAAAUGCAACCAGAACUGCCUGAAGAAUGCGGGGAACCCCCGGGACAUGCGCCGCUUCCAGGUGGUGGUGUCCACGACUGUGAGCGUAGACGGCCACGUCCUGGCCGUGUCCGACAACAUGUUUGUGCACAACAACUCGAAGCACGGCCGCAGGGCCCGCCGCCUGGACCCUUCUGAAGCUGCCACCCCUUGCAUCAAGGCCAUUAGCCCUGGGGAGGGCUGGACCACAGGCGGCGCCACUGUCAUCGUCAUCGGCGACAACUUUUUCGACGGGUUGCAGGUCGUUUUCGGAAAUGUGCUUGUAUGGAGCGAGCUCAUCACACCCCAUGCCAUCCGGGUGCAGACACCCCCACGACACAUCCCCGGGGUGGUGGAGGUAACCCUCUCCUACAAGUCCAAGCAGUUUUGCAAGGGAGCCCCUGGCCGGUUUGUGUACACAGCCCUGAAUGAGCCCACCAUCGACUACGGAUUCCAGAGGCUGCAGAAGGUCAUCCCCAGACACCCCGGAGACCCCGAGAGACUGCCCAAGGAAGUGCUUUUGAAGCGGGCGGCCGACCUAGCUGAGGCUCUGUACGGAGUGCCCAGCAGUAACCAGGAGCUCCUCCUGAAGCGCGCAGCCGACGUGGCCGAAGCCCUGUACAGCGCCCCCCGCGCGCCCGCGCCUCUCGGCUCCCUGGCCCCGAGCCACCCGCACCCCGCCGUCGUGGGCAUCAACGCAUUCAGCAGCCCGCUGGCCAUCGCCGUGGGGGACGCCACGCCGGGAGCCGAGGCGGGCUACGCGCGCAGUUGCAGCAGUGCGUCGCCGCGCGGGUUCGCGCCCAGCCCCGGCUCGCAACAGAGCAGCUACGGCAGUGGCCUUGGAACUGGCCUUGGCGGCUAUGGCGCGCCAGGCAUGGCUAGCCUCGGUGUGCCCGGGUCCCCCAGCUUCCUCAACGGCUCCACGGCCACGUCGCCCUUCGCCAUCAUGCCCUCUAGCCCCCCGCUGGCGGCUGCCUCCUCCAUGUCCCUCCCGGCCGCUGCCCCCACCACCAGCGUCUUCUCCUUCUCGCCUGUCAACAUGAUCUCCGCCGUCAAACAGAGGAGCGCCUUCGCCCCCGUGCUGCGCCCACCCAGCUCCCCACCCCAGGCCUGCCCCAGAGCCCACGGAGAGGGGCUUCCAGACCAGUCUUUUGAGGAUUCUGACAAGUUCCACUCUCCAGCCCGGGGGCUCCAGGGCCUGGCAUACUCCUAACUACGGUUUGCAGGUGUUGCCCCCCCGGAGCCCGGACUGGACGUCCCUCUGGGAUUCACACCCACACCGUGAACGGCAGCACAGAUACAGGGUCAUGGCUGCAGCAGACCUCAACCCACGGGGUGAAGGGGGAGGGGGGAGCCCUUCCUCCCUGCCCUCAAGGUCCCCGUGACCCCACAAGCGGCUCUCGCCUCCCUUUCUCGGGGCUAGUCCGAAGCCCCAGCACUGUGCCGAUGCUCUGGAUGGGAGAGCACCUGGGGAGGCGCUGGGCUGUGAGUCCGCGGGCGCUGGGUCGGCUCCAGCCCCCAUGAGAUGGCUCGUGUACAGACCAGGGAUGUCAGUGAGGGGGGCACAGGAUGGGGACAGCUCAGGGAGAGGCGACCUGGAAAGGUCCUGUUUCCAUCUGACCCAUCUCCACUGGCCAAGCAUCCCGACUGCCCUCUGGCUAAGACUCGGUGCCCAGGCUCCCAUGGAGCUUCUGACGGCCACUUGGGUCCCGUGACUGUCCCUACUUCCCUCAUGUCCUGCACAUUCAUGCUCACCAUGUCAUGCCUCCCUGGGGGCUUUGGGCAUGGAGGAUGCAGAAGCGGGGGUGUCAGCCCUACUGGAUUUGGGAUCUCAUGGACUCUGGCUGGCACCAUGGACUGGGCCCAGCUGCCCCCCAAGCGGCCUCACACUCUGCUAAGUUUGGGGAAAACAACAAUAAAGCAGCU